UACGCGUGUCGCCUGCCGUGCCCGCUUCACAAAGAAAGCCGUCUCAUCCGCAGUCGUGCCAUCAAUACAUCUUGCAGGGCUUGAAGCGGCGGGAACUACAUAUAUGGCGUCGACGUCGUUUCACACGUGCUGUCUUAUCUGGACUGUGCUGUGCUGUAUGCAAGUACACGCAUUUGAAGCCGGCAAAGUGGCCUUUUUAAGGUAUACCUGUCAGUACGGACAGUAUUUCAUUCAAACGCAGUAUAUAUUACAAGAUGAGUGCAAACGAGCGACAUGCUAUAUAUCUGAUAGGAAGCUUACCAUUGAACAGUGCGCGGUUGCCGCCUCGGAUAACAGCUCAUGCAGUGCAAGCAGUGACUUCCAGAAACUGCCAUUCCCGUUUUGUUGCAAAUCGCGCAUUUGUCAAGGGAAAAGGACUGUCAUCAACGGAAUUAUUACGCACUACGGCACAGAAGGAGCUGCAGCAUUUUCAGAUCAUGUUCGUUAUGUGGAACCAACCGGGAGUUGGACUGCUCCUAUAAAAUAUAUGCUUGGCGCUUGUAAAAAUGAGGUGUGUAGGUACAAAAAGCAAAGAAUUGUUUAUGAUACUAAGCUGACCACACCGUGUGUAAGGGCAAGAACUUAUAAAGGAAGAGACUACAUAGGAGUUGAAGAGUGCCCGACAUUUCCUGAAGAGAAUCGUAAUUGCGUAAAAUUGAAUGAUGGCAACCCAAAGGAUAGAUACCCGCAUUGCUGCCCGGAGUAUAUGUGUCCUCCAAGAGGUCGUGAGCAAAGGAACACGACACAUAUAGAAAAGGCGGUGAUGUACAAGGGGAGGUGUAAAUAUGGUGGCAGUGCAUUCACAUACGAUUUUUCUACCGUGGAACCUUGUCGCACCGCAAUAUGUGACCUACGGCGCCGUUGGGUGAUAGUAAUAACGUGCUUAGACAAUGAGGACCUGAAGUGGACAAGGUGCAAAGCAGUGAGCCCAGUGAAACGGCGGUAUGGAAACCAUCCUCUAUGUUGCCCGGACUACAUGUGCCCAGAUAUGAAAGUCGAUAGACUGCCUCAGCCGAGGACAUUUAAAACAGAUUAUAAACUAGAUGUUUGCAUAUUUAGAGGAAGAUAUUUUAGGACGAACCUAUCAACUUCAGAUUCAUGCGAGCUUUGGACUUGCAAUGUUAAGAAGGCUGAAGUUAAAGUGUACGGAUGCGAGAAAUACGACCGAGGCAUUGAGCGAGGCUGUACACUGGAAGUCAAAAAUCCACACAAGCCUUACCCAGACUGCUGCAAAAGGAAAGUUUGCCGGCACUAUUUUUCCACCUAUUAUCCUGGCUCGUACAUUGCCCCGUCUCCGCUGUAGAUAUUUCCUUUACUAUCCUUCAAUCAUAGUUCUGUAGCGCGAACAAUGAUUACAAUAAAAACAAAGCUGCCCAUUUAACGGUUUCUUUUGCAAUGUUUUCUUAUUUUGUCUUCUUUCUUUCCUUAUUUAUUUAUUUACAGGAUACUGCCUGCCUUAGUCUUAGGCCUUGAGCAGGAGUGGACAGUGCGAUAUACAGAUGAACAAAAAAAAAAUUAACAGCAAAGAUCAUUACAAGAAUUCAAUACAUUGCAAUAGAGAUAUUCCCUGAUCCGCACGAGCCGUACAGAGCAUUCCAAAAAAAAAAAAAAAAGCAUCACAAAAUUUCAAUAUAUUUUAGGAUACGGAUAUUCGCUGAACCGCAAAAGCUGUACAGAGCAUAUUGAUAACAACGCGAUAGUGAUAACAAGGAGUCGCAUUCAUACUGGUAUGCUGAAC